AUGUCAAACCGCCGGACUCCCCUGGUCAACGUCCCCAAUGGCACCAACUCUCCGCAUCGAGGUACUAUUACCUCCGUGAAGCGAACACUCCCCGGUAACUGCCAGACAGAUGUGUGUUAUAUGCAGCCUCCGCCAAAGAAGCAGAUGCUUGAGAAAAAUGGAGUCGACCUGAAUAACAAAUCUCCACGAAAGCUGGCGGUGGCCAGUAGAGAAGGGAAGGUGUUUACGCGCAAGAAUACCAAUUCCCAACCCUCUGCAUUCGAAAGGAAACUUGUUGCAGCGAGGGAUAGGGACAGGGCCAACAAUUCUCGAGGAGCUAAAUAUGAUAGGGCUGGGGGAGAGACUUUGGAUAGUAUUCGUCAGUGGCAGAAGCACUAUCGCAAGGCGUUUCCUCAGUUUGUAUUUUACUUCGAAAGUAUCCCCGAGGACGUCAGGAACAAGUGUUCAAGGCAGAUCAUGGCCCUUGGUGCUACGGAGGAGAAAUUCUUUUCCAAGGUCGUUACACAUGUAGUCACUGCCCGUCCAAUUCCGCCCGCAAUCGAUUCCCCCAAUCACACAGAGCCCUCUGCCGGAGAAGCUCCAUUGAACCAACAAAAUGCGGACGGAUCCAUCCAAACUGUUGACCCGUCACUUCUGGAGAAGAAUUUCGAAACAACCCAUCUCAAUCACGGAGUAGGGAGGCCCAGGAAAACACCCGACAAGCGCGUCGGACAGGAGGGCGAUCCAAAACGGGAUAAUAAGGAUAUUUUAUAUAGGGCAAGGCAGAUGAAUAUGAAGAUAUGGGCCCUGGAAAAAUUACAGCGUGUGAUAUCUACGAUGAACGAUGGUGAAAGUACUUCUACCCACGGCCAUUACACGCGUAGCAAUGGCACGGUAUCCGGUGCUGGAAGGGGAAGGGCAGAAACCGAUUUAUCCCAGGUUCUCCGAAACGAACGUCUGAAUGGACCUGUAGAUCGAGACACUAUCUUGGCAUCAAAGGAAAUUAUUCCCUUCAAAGGUCCAUUUAUAUAUGUCCAUGAUUACGAAGAGAAGACACGACCAGUCAUGGUUCGCGAGUAUCCCAAGGUCGCCAGAGGGCAGGAUGGAGCAUGGCCACAGUUUCGGAGUGCUGCGUUGGGUAAAUGCCCAUUUAUCGAUGAGCCGCCAGCCAAAAAAGAAUCGGAGAAGCGAAAAGGUGCCGCUAGUCAGACAAGAGAUGAAAAGCCUGCUGCGAAGGAGAAAUCUACGACUACGACGGAGAUGAAGAUGAUGCAACCUCCAGAACGCUCUGUGGAGAAGCGAGCUUUGCAAGAUGUACAGGGAGGCGUGAGCCAAACAAUUACACGACAAGAACCUACACCAGCUCCAAAGCGGAUUGAGACUCUUUUAAUGCUGCCGGCAAAGCCGGCCUCCCCUCGUAGCAAAGGAUUUGAAGCAUUUCCUGGCGCGAAAGCUGCUCUCGCCACAUAUUUAGCCCGAGAGCCGGCAGCUUCUGGGGUCCAGCCAUCAAACAUCACUUCAGCAAUCAGAUCUCAGAUUGUAUCCUCUACAGCAGCUGCCCCUGGAGCGAAGGCAGGAACAAGUAAAGAGGUACACGGGUUAAAAAGGAAAGUUCUGGAGAAGGGAAACAGUACCCUAUCAACGAAUGGAAAUGGGAUCCCGUCUUCGCACAGAAUGGCGGACAUUGCUGGUGCUCUUAAAGCGUCUAGGGCUCCAGUGACAAGAGCAGCGAAGAGUAAGGCCACUGGCAAUGUCAAUCAGAUCGACGAAGACGGCACCACCCAAUCGGAAGAUGAGAUGGUUCAGAAGCUCCACGAUCCCGGUAGGAAGAAUACUAGCACGGUACGAUCGAGGCAGAAGAAGCGUGAUCCGAAGCCAGGAUACUGCGAAAAUUGUCGUGACAAGUUCGAGGAUUUUGAAGAGCACAUAAUGACGAGAAAGCAUCGCAAGUUCGCAUUGACCUCAUCGAACUGGGUUGAACUAGAUGCACUACUUCACUCUCUCGAGCGCCCUCGCAAGCGGUACUUACCCCCGGAUGAAGAUAAUUGGUGAAAACAAGAACUCACCUGGUUUAAAACACAAUGUACAUGCAUUCCCGGGCUUCUGUUCCUUUGUUGAUUGAAGGGGAUUUUUUUGGUGUUUAUUAGAGGAAGAUAAUCUAGCGUGUAUCCAGCUUGUUUGUUGUGUCUCCCCAUUCGCUUCGUAAUCCUCCUCUCGUCUAAUCAUUAUUACUUGACCAAGCGCAGUACACCGAUAAGGUAGAUUCAACGUCUUCAUUUUCAAUCCCUCAAUCCACUCCCCCCUUCCUUCUUUCUUGGGAUGUGCAUAUAACACCAGCACACGAUACUUCAUGUUCUUUACUCGCCGCGAUAUCUGCGGCUGUUACUCUUGUUCCCGUCCAUCAUGACACUUGAUAAAUAUCUCGAAUCACCUGGUAUCGAAUCUGUGGAAUAAUGUGCCAUC